AUGGCUGACAGUGUGGACAUUGUCUCCCUGUUUCAAGAGACUCUGAGGCUUUUGCACUUCUUGAGACUUUUUGCUGGAUACAAAACUUGUUGGGGAACCGAACGACACGAGAUCCGGACUACGAGAGACCCUGAGACCCUGAAAGAGGCCCUCCGACGACCGACAACCGAGGACGAGCCCCUGCUGAACGGACUGGGCUUUGAUUUGGACUAUAACUGUGACGCUGCUCUGAACGACAUCAUGCCGCUGCCUGCGCUGGACGUCAUCCGGAUCGCCUCAGACGACGAAGGUAAUCGAGGUGAGGCUGUGAUUGCAUUUGUGGGUCAGGCCAUGCCUGAGGGUGGUUGGGGUCGCGGUGGUUGGGGUCGCGGUUGGUGGCGUCCCCAGGUCCCAUUUGAUGACGACGAGGGAGAGGAGGCCAUCUCGGACAGCGAGGACUCCGGCUACGGCUCCAUGUCCGAGAGGGAGGACGAAGAAGAUGACCAGCCCUUCCUUCCUCCCAUCCCCUUCCUUGGUGCGCCGCCCCCCUUCUUCCCCCGGCCAGAAGAGGACUCCGCCCCCUCCACCUCCGGCCUCGGCUCCUCCGUGAAGAGGACCAGGGAAGAGGACGGCGCGGGACCCUCCACCAAGAGGACCAGAGAAGAGGACUUCGGGGACGUUGCUACCUUCCGAAGAUACUGGCGGACGGACGAGGACAGCGACGAGGAUUGAGGCCGACCACUUGCUUGCUGCAGGAUCUUAAACCUUCAUGUCUGGCAGGACUGAUAAAGCCCCAGACAGCCUUCCCUCGCGUCUGGCGGGGUUGGGAAUAGGUUUCAUCCUGUAGGAGAGGUUUUGGUGCGGUCAAUCCUGAAGAAGCUCCGUCCCCGUUGUGCACUUUGGAGUCCCAGGCACGGGAGGAUGCAGUACGGUCAUCCUGCAAUUAGAACAGCAGCUCACCUGACGACAUCAUCACCUCAGAUCCAUUUGUAUGGAGGCUUAAUCUUGACAACCCGACCAAAUGUGAUGCCGAAACAACUCACAUCUCACCUCAAGAAAAUACCAUUUCAAAGUUUCACCUUCCAGUUGUGUAUUGUCUCCUCCACCAUUGUUCCCUGAUGCUGGUGGGAAAUGCAUUCUGCAUUCGGUAAAGUGGAGCAAGUCCCAUCCGGGCAUCUGGACCGUGGUUGGCUACAUGGGGACUUUAGAAUUGGAACAACUUGACAGACCUAUGAUGUUUCUUGCGAAUGAGUUUACUCCGGUUCUUCAGUGAAAUAUUUUUACCAUCCAACCAUCAAAUCGUCGGAGCACUAUUUUCAGGAGGCUUAAUCUUGACAAACCAACCACAGAUUUGAUGCCUAAAAAAUUCG